UAAUGGUUUCUCUUUUUCUCCAGUGUACGCAGAGUGUGACUUCUCAAAAUGACAGAACAGGAAGAAGUCACUUAUGAGGAGGAGGAGGAAGAGGAAUAUGUGGAAGAGGAAAAUGAAGAAACUGUAGUAGAGACAAAACAAGAACCACCGCCACCCAAGCCUGCCCCUCCACCCCCUCCUCCUCCUGCAGCUGCCCGUCCCCUCCGCCGAAAGUCUUCUGCUAAUUAUCGAGCAUAUGCUGUUGAGCCUCAUGAUAAGAGAAAAUCCAAGAUAUCAGCUUCUCGGAAACUACAACUCAAGUCAAUGAUGCUCCAGGUGGCAAAACAGGAAAUGGAAAAAGAGGAAGAAGAGCAUGCCAGAGAGAAAGAACGAUAUCUUACAGAGCACUGCACCCCAUUAGAACUGGCAGGCCUUGGUCUCACAGAGCUGCAGGAGUUGUGCCGGGAGCUCCACAGAAAGAUUGACAAGGUGGACGAGGAACGCUAUGACACAGAGGCCAGAGUCAACAAGAGCAUCAAUGAGAUCGAGGAUUUAAACCAGAAGAUCUUUGACCUGAGGGGCAAAUUUAAGCGCCCGACACUCCGCCGUGUCCGUCUCUCGGCUGAUGCCAUGAUGCAGGCCCUUCUGGGCUCCAAGCACAAGGUCUCCAUGGAUCUACGGGCCAAUCUGAAACAGGUCAAGAAGGACGAUACAGAGAAGGAGAAUCGGGAGGUGGGUGAUUGGCGGAAGAACAUUGAUGCUCUGAGCGGCAUGGAAGGGCGUAAGAAGAAAUUUGAGACCUCUACAGCAGGGCAGGCCUGAAAGCCUGAGAUGGACCCCCUGAGAAGCAGUCACUGUGGAAAUCAGCCUGCACAAAGACCUUCCAUCCUUGAAUGCAUUAUCAUUCCCUGCGAUUUCAAUUCCUAUAAAAGAAACUUGGAAAAUGCAUA